AUGAGUGACGGCCAGCGAAGCUCAAACCCGCUAGAAAAAUGGUCGCAGCAGGCCACGACGAGCGCAUUUGGAUUAAUGGAAUCGCUGAAAGGACAGGGUUCAUCGUUGGCAAAAAACUUGAAAAUGUUUGGGAAAACUUUAAUGAAGGAAUCUGGAAGCUCCUCGUCUUUAAAAACGCCGCAGGAACACCGUGAUGACGAUAUUCGACUCACGUGGCUAACUAAUCGAUUAGUGCUAGCAGAUACGAUGCAUAAUUCCAAAGAAGGGCUACUAAAAGCUGAAAAAGCGGUUGUUCGCGAGAUGGUUGAUUGUCAGCCCUACGUCGUCGUCAAUGUUCAUUCUGAGCCACUACGAUUGGAUGGUUAUGCAAAAUCGAUUCAUAUUCCAUUGGGUAUUUCACAGAAAGGCGGAUUACCUCAUCAGCCGUUCAUACGAGCAUUAAUUCCCCUACUCAAUGAGUUUUGCCUACUGACCAACGAUGCGGCUAUUGUGAUUUUUGGUCUUGAUGAAAACGUUGUGGUAACCGCUGCGUUUUGCCUAAUAGCGUCAAGAUCGGUUGGAAAUUUCAACGAGUUCAUGUCGGAUUCGUUGCAAACGAGAUAUGAACGGUUGCCGACGACGUAUCGGAAUUUUCUCGAGCAGACGCUCGAUUUUGUUAAACUUUGCUCAUUUUUUGAGAAGCCGUCAAUUGGUGUGGUUCUCGAUCAUAUUGUUCUUGAACCCGGAAACGCGUGCAUCGACGGCGAUGUUUAUGUGGCAAUUUCUCAAGGCGUCAUGCAGCUCAAAGUUUUUGAGUUCGCCACAAAUAGAUGCAGAAAUGAAUAUGGACAAUUCGUUUUCCCGAUUAGCGGAUUUGAAAUAGCUGAUGACGCAGUAGUAUUCGUUGGAGAGAAAGGAAAUGCGAUUCCGCUACUCACUUGCCGUUUCAAUACCCAACUUCUCGACAGCAACGACACAGACAUUGUGAUAACCGCCGCUGAAAUGGACGUCUCGCGAAUGAUUGCGCAGCCGGUGCAGGAUUUGAGAAUGAUUCUGAAUUUUUCAACGAGACGUGUGCCGACACUGAACAACAUGCAAUUUUAUCGUUACAAGCUGCUUUGUGUGAGAAACGAGUCCGAGCUUGGCGGAUACCAGCAAACCUAUGGUACAUUGGAUUCCGAUGAGGAAUCUCCAAUCCAUCGUAAUCGUAGGAGUACGCCGAAGAAUGAGAAAAAGAGCACUAAUAAUGGGGAGGGCGGCUCGUUCUUCGAAACUCUCCAAUUUAAUGAUAGUCAACCGGCAAGAGAAGAACGAUUAUUGGAUGAUGAUCAUGUAUUGUUGAGUGGAAUGACAUUGAAUGAUGAGAAGACGUUUGGAAAUGUUGAGAUGGGUUUUGCCAAUGAGACACCCAUUCUUUCGGCACCAACACCGCUUCAUAGCGAAGGAGUGCCUAGUCGAGCUUCACCAACCCCAGCGAUUGAUGAUUUGCUUGGGUUGGGUUCGUCGGUGUCGAAUGAAUCUCAGAAUUUGACGGCCAACUCGAGCACAUCGAUCAAUCAAAGUAAUAGCAGUUCGAAUCUUGGCGAUUUCGACUUUGGGCUGCCUUUAAAUCCGACAAGCUCGUCGCCAAACACACGACCAUCGCCGCAGCAACCCGAAUUUAAUGAUCUUCUUGGCGGAUUUUCGCCGCUGAGACCAACAUUGAACAAUGUCACGCCACCGAAUUCGCUCAACUCGUCGGCGACAAACUCUAAGCCAGUCUCCGCUGUCAACUCGCAAUCGGACUUUGAAGCAUUCUUGGCGAAUUAUCCUGAAAAACAGCAUCCUCAAGAGCCGCAGCCGCCAAGUGCCGCAUCGAAUCCUGCCGCUCAUCAAACUCGAACUCAAGGAAUUUCGAGCCAGAAACAACAAUACAAGCCAGCGUUUGGAGAUGCCUCGACUACCACUGGAAAGGUGUCCGUGGACGCGUUCAGCGAUCUUCUUAAUCAAGGCGGCUUCAAACCAACUCAGCGUGAGAAUCAGAAGCAGUCGAUCGGAGCUUUAUUGAAUGCUCAACAGGCUAAGAAUUUGACGCCAGAGGAAAUUAAAAUACGCGACUGGACCCAAGGAAAAGAGCGAAACAUAAGAGCACUAUUAUGUUCUCUUCAGAAUGUGUUGUGGGAAGGAGCUGGAAGAUGGAAUCAGCCGAGUAUGGCGGAUUUGUUGACGCCCGAUCAGAUCAAAAAGCAAUAUCGAAAAGCUUGUCUGGUCGUACAUCCCGACAAACUUACCGGAUCACCGCAUUUGACUUUAGCUCGAAUGAUAUUCACAGAGCUUAACGACGCUUAUAACAAACAUAAAAUGGCGGAUCUCUUCAAGUUGGAUGAUAAGAAAGUGAGAGAUAUGCUUCUUAGAGCGGAUGGUAGAGCGAAAUUGAGUGAUAUGUACAAAAAGGAUGGAGUUCGAACGAUUUUCGUGCGUGCCGCGGACGGUGACUGGGUGCAGUACUUAAAAGUUGCGUGCGAGUUUUGCUUAACAUUGCUUUCAAUGGGACCCGGCGGACACAUAAAGAAACAUUUCGAAAGGUGUAAAAAAAGAAAAAUAGAUGAAGAAAACAACGAAGAAGGAGAAGAAAGCGAACAACCCCGGGCAAAAUCUCAUAAAAUCACUGAAUUCACCGAAAAGAAAUACAAAGUCCAAGAGCUUAAUAAAAUUAAAGAAGCAAUUUCGCGAUAUUGUUUAAGGAGCGGUCGUUCUUUUAAUUCUCUUGCGUCGCAACCUAUGAAACAAUUUAUCAUCGACAUCACGAAUGCAUUAAUUGGUGGAUUUGGUGAAACGGCUAUGGAGCAGCUUCCUUGUCGAUUAACAAUUCAGAAGAAUACGGAAAAUCUCGCUAAAGAUCUCAUCGAAGAAACGUUCAAAAACUUGGAACUCUUUCGCGGCAAACGAUUGAAUUUAGUAAUCGAUCAUGGCAAACUCGUGUGCAAUUAUCUGUCAGUCUAUGGGAGUUAUGUCGACGACAAUUUUCUCCUUUGCGUUGUGCCAAUGGCAUUUAUUCCAUCAAUUGAUGGAAAAAGCGGGAAAGAAACUGCGAAGCUUAUUGUCGAACGAUUUCACGAGUAUGGGUGGACUAAGGAAGAGGUCUUAGCCUGUAGAGUCACGGCUGACGGAGCGCUCAAGACUCUCGGUGAUUAUUUCCAAAGCUAUAUUAGGUGCGUUAAUCACUCUCUCAAUCUUCUGGCUGCGAAAGCUAUAACGCCUUUUGAAAAACACGCAAAGGAUCUCUUCCAUUUGAGACCGCACUUGGAGAAAGUGCACGAAGUUCUACGCCACGCAAAGGUUAUUGCAUCAGGAGUUCGCUCAAAUUGCACAAUGUGCCAAUUAAUGACAAGACAUCCUUCGUUGCCGAUUGAAACUCGCUGGAUGUCAAACUUAAAAUGUCUUAAAGACAUAAUGGACCUUAGGAAUGAAAUUGAACAAAGAAGCAGUAUGCUGCCACUUGCUGCUAGGCAGGCUUUAAGUUCAAUAUCUGUGGAUCUUUUUCCAGUAGCAACGUCGAUUCUUGCGGUUCUAGGCCCAUUGCUCGAAUACAACACUUUAUUUCAAACUCAGACCGCCAUUUCUCUUCAUCUGGUGCUCCCCACAUACAAACACGUGAAAUUGCAAUGGGAGAAGUUUAAAAGCAACAGCAAUGAAAAUUUCGAUCCGGAAACUAUGGAUUUGGAAGUUUCUCAAGCCAUCGCAGAAGCCGGUCUUCUCGCUCUUCCUAUUUACUAUUCGGAAUUCAACGACAUCCACUACGCCGCCGUUUUGCUAUAUUCCCAGGAAUACGUCGAUUUAACUGAAGUAGAAAGCGUGGAAUGCUAUUGGAAAAGGAAGAGGCAGGAAUUCCCGAAUUUAUUCGAGGCCGCUUGUUACGUUUUCGGAGUUAUCCCGUCUGAAGCCGUGUUAAUUGUUCUUGGAACACAAAUUGCUCAGAAGUUCCCGAACAAAAUCUAUUGA